ACACGGGGGUGGGUCCUCUCGGAAGUUUAGCGGUUUUCAAGGCAACCGACCCCCGUUGCUGUGCUCUGCCUUCUGAAGCCAAUGUGUCCCUCCGCGGUAUGAGGAACUGCAUUCAAAGAGAUCCCCCCCUUCCUUAAGACUGCAGACUGACUGAAACCCCCUCCUUAGCUCUACCUCUGGAUUGUAACCACUUUUCUGACCUGUAAUCGAUGACCUUCUGCAGUCAUGGCUUUGAACGUGUUCCUCACAGCAGAUCCAGAUCAACAAGAAAGGAUGAAGGACGCUACAGUGCCAGGCUAAGACCAUCUGAGGUCAGAGCUGAGGCCUAGAGGAGAAUGGAGAGAAUAAAUAAUACCAAAGCAGGGGUGAUUUGCUGGACCCCUGCCCCGGCCCCCAGCUCGCCCACCAGCUCUGUGAUAUAUGAGGAGGACUGGGAUGGUGAGGAUGAAGAACAGACAGAGAAAAAGGACGACUUUGAUAGCCAGAUGGACGAGAAUGGCAUCAUCGGACUGUCUGAAGCACUGGAGGAUGCAGGGUUGGUGGACUCGGAUGCAGAUUGUAAUUCAAACUCCCGUGGACCCCUCACCCCAGAGGAGGAAGACCCUAGUGGGCAUGAGAGUGAGACGCCUGAGGAGCUGAGCAACAACCUGAGUGAACAUCUGUCCCACACCGAAUCAGAAGAGGACCAAUCACUGUCAUCAUAUGAGGACUUGAUUGAGAGCUUUAAAGCACACAAGUUGGCUGAAAAGGUCGGGCAAGAAGAGCCGGGGAAAGAGUGUGUCUCUGAGUGGGACAAAAUGGAGGAGAAAGAUGGAGAGGUAGCAGGGAAGAGGAGUGACAGGAAGAGAGAAAACGAUCAACACAAAAGAGAGAUUGGAACUUCCAAUGGCUUUUCUGAAAGCCAUACUUCCAAAGAAGAGAUUGAGAAGACCAACUCUAAGCCAUAUUGUAGUGCUCACCUGUCAGAGAUGGAACCUGUCAGAAUAUCCCAGCCUGCCUCCCCUCUCACAGCGCUCUCCUUCCCCCACCUUCUCCACUUCACCCCUGAGGAAAUGGCUGCUGCUCAGGGCAUAGACACUGAAACCUUUCCAGACAACAGCGCCGCUGAAAGUCUUCCAGAAUCACAUCGCAGCCACCUAAGCCUCAUGUCCAGUCCUCGCUGUCCUGAGGUAAAGCCCAGGGCUUCUCUUCAGCCGGCAGACAUGUUUUCUGAUGAAGGAACCUCAAAUCAUUGCAGUCGAGUUAGUAAAUUGCCCUUAAAGGCACAAGAUAAGUCUGAUAAACAACCAAGUCCCUCACCAAGGAAGUUGAGGCAGCCAUCUCCUGAAGCAACAUAUCCACAGGCUCGAUCCCUCGGCUCAGCCAAGUCCUUAAAAUUCAAACAGAAAACAGCGAGUCCUGACAGAGAGUCGAGGAUACCCAGACCCAGGAGUAAUGCUGCUGAAGUGGACGAGUCCAGAAAAGGGCCUCUGAGUUAUCGCAUACCAGACUUCUCCAACGUGGAGCCCAGGGUCUUUUUCCCAAAAGAUGGUUACACCCCCCCUAAGAGUAGCCGCUGUUUCAAGAGAGAGUCCUUGUCCCCUGGGCCCCCCUUCAUGUUCAAAUCCCCCGCUGACAUCGUGAAAGAAGUCCUGCUGAACUCCCAUAAUACAUCUCCUGCCUCAUCAGACUCCAACAAGCCAAUCAGCAGUGCCCUGAACUCCAGCGUGCCUCAGGACUUCAGAUCCCGCCUGCAGGCCUCCGACCUGCUGGACCAGCUGCAGGACGACUACUACAGACUGCUGACUAAGCACGCCGAGGCGGAGAACACCAUUGAUCGCCUGCGUCUGGAAGCCAAGGUGAACCUGUUCUCCGACCCCCCAAAGCCCGGCCACUUGGUGCAGUCCGGACCGAACCAAGGCUCCUCAAAGAUCAUGGUGCUGGACUUCCCUCGGGCUCAGAGGGCAGAGAUAAGCUCCGCCUCUCUCCAUCCAAAUGGACAACAGAGAAGUCCAUCAGCCUGUUCUUCCACAGAAAGCCCAGACCCUCAGGCGGGACAGCAGCUGGCCAGCAUUCUCUACUAUCAGGCCGACAAGUUCCUCCAGCAGGUACGAGAUCCUUUAAAACUAUCAACAGUGAUGCUAGAGCUUAGAUGAUGUGAUGAAAAUAUUAACGUUUUUACUCAGAUGCAGACUUUUGAGGAUCUCCUGGAGAGCAAAAGACUCAAACCUCUGGAUCAGAAGAAGGGGGUCUCACAGCUCGCUGAGGGGCUCGACUCUUUGGAAAGGGGAUACCUGUUAGCCAGGGAUGACUGCAAACUCCUGCAGCAGCGAGGAUCAGAAAACAGCUUCUUUGACCGUGACCGGGAGCUGGAGGGGCUGGUCUUUCAGUGUGGGCUGCAUAUGGACGAGCUGAAGGAGCUGGUGGAACGGAUGCAACAGGAGCAGCCAAUCAGUGAGGCUCCUCCCUCUCCACCUCCUCACCCCACCCCCUCAUCUGGCCCCUCUGAGGGGGAAGAAACUCACACACAGAGCCCAGCUGUGCCUGUGCUGGUUGAUCCAGGAGAGGCAGCGGCGGUGGAGGUGAGCGCCGGGAGUGAAGAGAGUGUUGAAGAGGAGGAAACUCUCUACCUCAAUUCUCUCUACCUCAAACCUCAGAACGGCAAACACAGACAUGUUCAACAAGACUUGGCACCGCUGAGGAAUCACUACCAAAGCUUAGGGGAGCUCUCCAGACGUAUAGACUACAGCCAGAGGGAAGGAGCCCCCCUUUCUGCUGCCUUAAGGAGGCACGUGCAGCCUGGGAGAGAGGACGAGGAGAGACCGUGUCAAGAAACCCUGGAAACAUCAGCAGCACAGAAAUCCAAAUCAGACCACCAGGACUCUCCUCCUGUCUGCACUAAGAAAGCUCAGAGCAGCAGGUCCAGCCCUCCCCCCUGCAGCCCCUUCACCACACCCCCCGCUCAUGGUCCCCGUAGCAGGAGAACGUUAGAGGUGGGAGAGUCCCCCAGCAGCAGUCUGAGCAGUCUGGGGGAGAUCACUGCGUUGGAAAGGAGGAACUCCAGACUCCUGAGUGGGAUCAGAAGAGUGCUUUCUCAGGAUGGGAUUAUCUCCCCGGAGACGGACAGUGGGUUUGUGUGUUCAGAGAGCAGCCGUCUGACUCCUGCUGCAGCGGCCAGUCCUGUCCACCAGAGGGCCUCCGAGAGUGUGUCAGUGCCUCAGGAGAGGAUACCUCAGAUGGUCCCGGUAUCAACACCAUCUCCGGUUCCCCCACUGUUGCUAAAUCAGCCGGCGAUGGAGCCCAACAGAACCAGGUCGAGCAGAAGCAGAACAGAGCAGAGGAGACGCAUCCUCUCCUGCUCCCCACAGCGCUGCGUCCCUCUGACGGGACAAACCAGAGCCGACAGUGGGACCAGUGAGUUUGGACCCGAGAGUGACAGCUCCGCUCUCACUGUGUCUGAGCACAAAUUCACACAAUCCAUCAACUCUAGCCCGAGCUUCUCCCUCGCUAGUGCACUGGGUCACCAUGACGAUCCUCUCAGAGCACUGAGCUCCAGUCAGACUGCGAAUCGCAAUGAUGCAAUCCAGACGCUGCAGGUGGAGGUGCGCCGAAUGAGGGAGAGCCUAGAUAGCUGUCUGAGGAAUAAGAAUCCUGUGAGAGCGGCUCCUUCUGCUCACCACAACACCUCUACUCCAAUCAGGCCAGGGGAGCGACGGGGUGAUGUCAGGGAGAGAAUAAACACACGGCCUGUAGAUGAGGACGAGGAGUUCACACUGCGGAGAACAACCAGGAAGAGAACACCUUCUUCGAACAGACCAAAAACUAACAUCUCCACAGGUUCAGAGCCCUCCUCACCUCAGCCUCUGGUGUCCAGGUGUACUCAAACAUCCACUGCAGCUCCAGACAGCCACCGCUCACACACGCAUACUGUCGGCAUCAGAACACAGCCCAGGCAGCAGCCUGGUGUGUCUGCACAAGUGUGUGAAGCAGCAGACGUUCCUGACAGCAGAGGGUGGGCUCCUCUUUGUCCUCAGUGUCUGUCACAUGGUCCCCGAGGGCGAUCUGAAGUGGGGGUUGGGGGUGACAGAGAGCAGCCUCACUCCUCUGGCCGUCGUCUCUGUCCUCUCUGUGGACGCCAUGCACCCUGCAGCAGCACGGAGCCAGCCCCCCCCACACACACAACCUGCCAACCAGCCGAGUCCCCCCACAGAGCGCAGAGGAGCGGAUACUUUGCAGCUGCAGCUCCUCCUGCUCUGCUGCAGUGCCUGCCAGUGUGCCCACACCCCCUCCUGUUGUACUCGUCAUCGCCCCUCUACGUGUCUCCUAGCAACAGCCAAGGCAGGUCCUCAGGGGUCAGGGGUCGCAGGGAGGUGAGGAGGAGGAGGCGGCGGCGCUCCCUGUCGAUGGACAAGCAGCGCUGCGUGGACAGCUCUCUGGAGAGGGCCAUCAGAGCAGCACGGAGCAUGAGACACACCUCCGGACACAUGGCUCGCUCUCUGAAGUCCGGCCUGCACUACCAGAGGCUCCUCGCCCAGGCCUGCAGCCUCUAGUCUGAACUGGAAACAUCACCGUGUGCAGGACCAGCUGAAUUAAACACCUCGUAUCAUUCCCUUCUUUGUAACUUGUCUUUGGAGAAAAAACUGUUACUGUAGCUUUGUUUACGGCACUUUUAAAAAGGGUAAGUCAUGGCAACAUUUGAUUAUUUUCAAAUGGGCUACUAUGAGGUACUUGUCUAUGAUCAGUGAAUUACUAACAGUAGAGGAUGAAUUGGGAGGCUGUGGCUCAGUGGAUAGUGUGCUGGACUUCGAAUCAGGAGAUAGCAAGUUCGAGUCCCACUGCAUGUCGUUGUGUCCCUGGGCAAGACACUUCACCCCAAAUUGCUCCUGUGGGGAUUGUCCACAGUACUCAAUGUGUGUAAGUCGCUUUGGAUAAAAGCGUCUAACAAAUGACAUGUAAUGUAAUUGCACACCUCCAGUUUUGAGAAUAAUAAGCUAAGUAAUAUUGUGCCGUGGAUCGGAGCUGCUGCAAAACGUAUUUGACCUAAAAAUAAACAAAUAUCAGUUCAAGUGUACACUAUAUUAGAGUGCCUUGCUGUCAGAAAGGCUUUCCAAUGGGGAACUAAAGCCAUUAACAUGCAGUGAUUUCCCCUCACAGAAUACAAGGGGUCCUGGUCUACUGCUGCCUUGAAUGGUUAGUUUGUGUGUGUGACUUUGGUGAAACCGAAAAAACUAUUUAUUACAUGAUUUAAUACACACAUAACGAACUGAUCAAGGCUAUGGAAAGUACCCCAUACAACCCCCAUUUAAAAAUAUCCAAACUAUCCCUCUGAAUCUCAGGUGGCCAAACGUACAUUUCCUUUCCUUCAGCAAUCGUCAUAAUCCUUUUCAAAUAUGUUGUGGCAUACGGUUCAUAGAAAUGACAUACUUGGCUGUCCUGGAGCAGUUGUUACUUUGAGCUAUUUAUUCAUCAUGCUGUUUAUUAAUAAUGUGAAUCUAGUUUUUGUAAUUCUAAAAAUAAGUUCAGGAUAUCAGUGUUAUUUUGAGUUUGUGUAUGAGCUUUGUUUUCCCCUUUUAAUACUGUAGCAUGCUGCGCUGUAAAUGAAAUGCACUCCUAAUGCAACUGUUGUUGUAGACGGCUAACGAGAGACCACUAUGGACCAAGUGGUGGACAGCCUUGUAACCCUGUAAUGCUGGAUUUGCCCUAAUUAGUCCACUUGUAUGUUGUCUGUAGAGAAUACACAUUUUGAACUGUGUGAAUUCAUUUUGUACAAUAGUUUCUAAGAAGCAGGUCUACUGUAACUGGACAGCUUGAUAUGUUUUUAUACAAAAGAGAAUAUAUAAACUAUUUUUAUGGAUUGUAUUUACUGUAUUUGGUUGAAAUAUACCAUAGAACUGUUUUGUUUAAGUGAAAUCUGAUUUUUACUCAUUUCUAAUCCUUUUUUGUACCAUUAUUUUUCAAACUGUAGAUCCUUUUGUUAUAUUUUCAGUAAACUCUUUGCAGCUAUCCCAAAGGAGCCAAAUAAAAGGUUAAAUGUAA